GUUCAUUCAACUACAAUAUAAAAUUCACUGCACCGGAUAUAAAAAUGACAAAAAACUGGAUCACAUUUUUGCUGUUCUUAUCAGUGACUAUGUUUUUUGCCACUGCUAUACCGUCUGAAGGGCAUCAGAAUAUGACGGAGGACUUCACUCAACUGAGUGUUACACGGAAUAAAAUUAUGACAGCACAGUAUGAAUGCUACCAGAAAAUUAUGCAAGAUCCUAUUCAUAGGAAAGAAGGUCCUUACUGUAACAGGACAUGGGAUGGCUGGUUGUGCUGGAGUGAUGUUGCUGCCGGAACUGUGUCAGUACAGCGUUGCCCUGACUACUUUCAGGAUUUCAACCCAUCAGAAAAAGUUACGAAGAUCUGUGAUCCAAGUGGGAAUUGGUUUAGACACCCAGAAAGCAACAGGACGUGGACAAACUAUACCCAGUGUAAUAUCUAUACGCAUGAAAAAGUGAAGACUGCUCUCAAUUUGUAUUACUUGGCCAUCAUUGGACAUGGUCUUUCAAUUGCAUCACUUCUGAUUUCUCUUGGCAUAUUCUUUUAUUUUAAGAGCUUGAGUUGCCAAAGGAUUACCCUGCAUAAAAAUCUAUUUUUCUCUUUUGUUUGCAACUCUGUUGUAACAAUAAUUUCACUGACUGCAGUUGCCAACAAUCAGGAGUUAGUUGCAACUAAUCCAGUUAGUUGCAAAGUAUCACAGUUCAUCUACCUGUACCUAAUGGGUUGCAACUACUUUUGGAUGCUGUGUGAAGGCAUUUACCUGCAUACUCUCAUUGUGGUGGCUGUUUUUGCUGAGAAACAACACUUGAUGUGGUAUUACCUUCUUGGCUGGGGUUUUCCACUGAUCCCUGCCUGCAUACAUGCCGUUGCUAGAAGUUUGUAUUAUAACGACAAUUGUUGGAUCAGCUCUGAUACUCAUCUGCUGUACAUCAUCCAUGGCCCUAUUUGUGCCGCUCUGUUGGUGAAUCUUUUCUUCCUGCUAAAUAUCGUUCGUGUUCUCAUAACCAAGCUGAAAGACACCCACAAGGCAGAAUCCAACCUGUACAUGAAAGCAGUGAGAGCUACCCUGAUUCUUGUUCCGCUACUUGGCAUUGAAUUUGUGCUGUUUCCAUGGCGACCAGAAGGCCGGAUUGCUGAGGAAGUGUAUGACUAUGUGAUGCACAUCCUUAUGCACUACCAGGGUCUACUGGUGGCUACAAUUUUCUGCUUCUUUAAUGGAGAGGUCCAAGCUGUUUUGAGAAGGCACUGGAAUCAGUACAAAAUCCAAUUUGAGCACAGCUUCAGCCACUCGGAUGCUAUGCGCACUGCUUCCUACACCGUAUCGUCAAUCAGCGAUGUUCAAGGCUACAGCUACAAUCACGACUGCACCAGUGAACAUUUAAAUGGGAAGGGCUACCAUGACACGGAGAGUGUCGUUUUAAAAACGGAAAAGCUGUAUGGUUGACUGCUAAAGGCUUGGCAUAUGCCAAGCCCUCGUGAACUCCAAGUUUGAUUUAAUGACUUCACGGCCAGAAGUUUUUACCUAACUCGGGAUAUGUUAUUCUCCUGAAUGAUGCAAACUAAACCAACACGUUUUUCAUAUGUAUGUAUAUGUAUGCAUAUAUACAUAUGUUUGUGUUUCUGUGUAUCUAUAUAGUAUGGACAUCUGUACAUAUAUAUCUAUAUAUGUAUGUGCAUUUAUAUAAGGAUACAAACUUUGCCUCUUCAGUUUCUACUGUGUAGACAAAGUUGGCAAUUUUUUGUACAAAGGGAAUCAAUGAAGGAUUUCUUAUUUUCUUGGAAGUUUGUAUAAGACUGUGUUGUGUUGAAGCCACUUCAUUUGCCUAUAGAAUCUUAGAGUGUAAAUACCAUACUGUAUUGUCUUAAUUCAACCUAAAACAGAACAAAGGAAAAUGGUUAAAGUAGGUGCAAUAAUAACAAUAGAUUGUCCAGGUUAAUUUUGUGUCCAGCAUUUGACUGUCAAAAAAGCCCAACAGGUAGUCUGAGAUAACAGACUCGAAGAUAUUGAUGGUUUAGUCUGGUCAAAGAUAUUGAUCGUUUCGUUUGGUUUGGCCAGUUUGUUUUUUCCACUGUUUAAAAUCAAGCAUAGAGACACCAGUGCAAGUCUGAGACUCUACUUACUUCUGUACUGCAAUGUAAUAUUUUACAGCAAGCUUUGAGCAAUUUUAUUUAAACUAUUUUUUCAUAUACAGGGGUGUCUCCUUCUCUUCAAGUUUAUGGAAGUUCUUUAUUGGCUUUAACACAGACAAGAUCAAUGAGGCCUUACUGCCAGAAAGAAAUGUAGUAACCUGAAUAAAUGUAAAUCCUUCCAGACACUAAUACAUAAUUGAAGCUGAUGGAACUUCACUGUGUGAUUAAGGAAUUUACUCAACUGGGAAAAGAUCAUGUACAGAAUUUGUUGUAGCCAUGUUGUUGUUUUGUUUGUUUUAUUUUUAAGUAUUUCCCUGGCCAUAUGCUUGAUAAUUUAUUCCUUCAUUCUUGGGGCAAAGUUUUGAUUAAUAUUGUUUGUUUGGGGUUUUUUUGUCUGAGAAAAGCAUGCAAGACUGAACGCAGUGCAAAUGACAUACUACCUUUAAAGCCAGUCUAUGAGAUUCAGACUAAUCAAGCAAACUAACAUUAGUAAUUAUCAUUACUUGGAAAAUCCAAUACAAGGUUUGUGUUAUAAAGGUUCAAGACAUUAUGGAUUGAGAAUUUUAAUAUUAUUUUGGAGUGCUUGAUUCUGAAUCUCUAUCUCAGUUACUUAGCUUAGAACAGUACUUUAUAAGUUGUUUCUUUGGUUCUACUGGUGAAUAAAGGUCUCAUUGAAAAUGAGGAAGUGGUCAGAAAGAUCUUGAGAAAAUGUGUCUUUAUAGCAACAUCUGUUUUUGUAAAUCUUUAUGCUUUAAAGAAAUAGUAGUUUUCUUAAGUGAAAUGACAAAAAUGCUCAAGACUGAGGGCGUGGUAUGAGGUGAGUUUAGAAAAGUCUUAUUAAAAAUCACAAAAGUAGAAAAAGGUUUCAUUGGUUUAUUUUGCAGAUAAGCCUACUUCAAGUGGGGAAAAACCAAAACUAAGUAGAAGAAAAGUAGAUGCUGGAGUUGGUAGACUAUUAUGCUAAUUAAUGUAUAUCUGGUGCAUGCAAGCCAGUCAAAAAAGUGAAAGACAGUUCUUUCUGAGACCACUUCAGUUUUAAAUACUUAAUUUUGUAUAUGAACAACUUGAUUUUAACAUUUAAACAUUUUUGUCAGUAGCCUUUCUGUAAGCUUCAUUAGCACCUAGUUAAUUUGCUGUCACAGUGUUUAUUGGUUUGUGACUUCAUCAGGCUUCAAAUGCUUUGUAUUUAGAAGGAAAACAUAAGGAGGAUGCGGUAAGUUCAUGCCACUUGCACCUUUUUGUAGUUUUUUACAGUUCUUAUGUCUGGAGUUUGAAUUUAGAAAGUGUUUUCUUAAUUAUUUAGUUUCAUAAUAUAGAAUCUCAGCUAGGAUGCACAAAUCAAGAUUUCUGUUCUUCUGCAAGGCUGUCUGGUUGAUUGGUGGGAAUGAUUUGAAAAUCAGUCAGAUUCUGUACUUUAGAAUAGUGUGGAAUCUGGCAAUCAGAUGUCACAAUCUCUUAAAUUGUAAGAAUACAGUAACGAUAUCUGCUACAACAUGAUUAGAGGUUGCUUACAACUCUGCUUGCUGAUCUAUAUAGUGUUACUUAAAAUCUGUGCAAUGUUCUGAAAAUAUUAGCAGUGCAGAAAAUCCCUGCUCUGGUAUAGCAGCUUUACACUUGGGGAACCAGACCAUCAACUGGUAUAAAUCUGUCUUGAGUUUCAUUUUCAGAAUCAGGGGGUACCAGCUGAGAAUCAAAGCCCAGGCAGACAUCUGUCCAUUUAAAGUGCUUUGAAGUCCUUUAUGGCAUGUUAUCAGACAAUUAUUUCAAUGGUACCUGGAGGGUUGUUGUAAUUAAAACGUGAUAGUUUAGAGUGUGAUGCAGUAUUAGAUUUUCAAUUAAGCUUCUUUCUCAGCUAGGCAGUUCAAAUUUAAUAGCCUAUAAAUUUUUAUCAUUUAAUACAAAGUACUAGUUGCUAAUUGCUCUCUGUCCUCUGUUAGAGGAACUUGUAGUGCUAAGUUAGGAGGGAAAAUUGUUUGUCCACAGAAAUCAUCCUAUUUCUCGGUGGACAAUCAGAGCAUGCUUCUAGGCACACAUCUGUCUUCACUUUGGAAAAGAAACACACAUCCAGCUGGAUGUGCAAGAAAAUGUUUGUGGCUGUGGAGGGUUACAUGGCAUAGGAGAGCUACAUUUCCCCCCUCCUCAUGAGGUUAACUACCGUAUUUCCUAUUUUGCAUUGGAAAACAUAAAUUCCGUAUUUUGUCUUCCUACCUCACCUUUUUCAGUUCCUACACAACCAAAAGAAGGGUCUGCUUCUUAAAAUGUUUUUCUGUCACAAUAAAUUAAAAUCAAAUCCUUAUGUUGAUUUCUCAUGGCUUAUUUUCUUCUUUACAGAAUGUUGUAGUCCUUAUCUGUAUUCUCUGGGAUGGAAGUAAACUCUGUUUUGGUGGGGCUGUGAGAUUCCUUUGAACACGCAAACAGUUAUCUGUUAUUAUUUGCUCUUUAUUUCUUUGUUAUUUAGUGAGGAUUUAUUGUAUCAAUCUACAGGGGCUACAGAAAUACUUGUCUUAUAUUUGGUAUCUGUAAUAUCAGCAUGUUAGUAUUCUAUGAGAGGGAAUGUCUAUUUUUAAUGCUACUGUCUUCAAUUAAUAAAAUGCUCCAUUGCAGGGUCCCCUCAGUUGUUUGUUUGUUUGAUGUUAGCGUUUAUGCUAUGUAUUUUUUCAUUGUGAUGAUCUACUAGAGUAUUUGGCUGUAGAAAUGCUGCAACAUGUACUCCUUUUCAUGUCAUGAAACAUUUGGGCUGGAAACCAGGCAACAUUCAAGUAUAGUACUAUGUAAAUAAGAUUAAUAGAAGCUAUAGCAUUGUAUUUAUUGCUUACACUAAGAAUGAAAUGGAAAAAAUGUGAAGUUAUUUUUUGGUUGUUCUUUGUUUUCACUUUGUCCAUAUGAAUCAUCAUGCAUUUUAAUUGCUGAAAGAAGUAUUAUGUUUGUGAUCAAUAAAAUAUUAC